AUGAGUGGUGCCCUGGGCGCCCUGAGCAGCUCUGGUGGAGGUCACUCCGGCUCCGGCUCUGCUUCUGGUGAUGACUGCGACGAAAAUGGAAACCCUAUCAACCUUGGUGGUUCGGCAUCUGGAUCUGCUGGUGGCAAGGGCCAAGGUCCCCAUGGAGGCCUCGCCGCUGGCUGGGGUCAGGGCUCUCAUGGAAGUUCCACACGACCACUGAGGCCAAUCUUCCAGCGACUCCACUUCCCCAAAACGACCCCUCGAGAGAACAGCCUUUCUCGGACAGGAAAGGCGAUAAAGAGGACAUACACUGCCAGCAUGGAAGGAAGUCUGGAAGUCAGCAAGAUUGGGAAAUUCUAG